UCACUGAUGUAUACAACUGCAUUUGGACGGGAUUUCUCCAGUAACUUUACAAGGGAAUACAAUGUUCUUGCUGAUUUCAGAUUCAGUCAUUCUUUCAGACCAUCCUAUGAAAGAAUAGUAUGGUGCUUUCUGCCGCUAUAUUCCUCACGCUGAUCGGCCUGAUCAUCUACCUGCACUUUGUGAAAAUUGACCAGGAAUCUCUACUGGUCAUCGGCUCACUUGGCAUUCAGGUGACUUCAUCCUACGCUUCAGGGAAGGAGAGCACAACCUUCAUUGAGAUGAGCCAAGUGAAGGAUGUGGUUAUCAAUGAAGCCAUCCAUAUGCAAAAAGUUAUCUAUUACCUGUGCAUCCUCCUGUGCGACCCUCAGGAUCCUCAGGGAGUAUCUGAGAUUGUGCCACUCUUUCAGAGUUCCAAACCACGUCUGGACUGCUUGAUAGAAGUGUACAAAAGUUGUCAUGAAAUCCUGGAUCAGAGAAAAACAGCUUCACAACCAGAUGGAGUAAAAUAAUAAAUAAUCAAGAUGGAUAACUUGCAGCAGGACUUGGAGAGAUGUAUGGAAAAGCAAGCAUAUCUGGCCCAUGGCUUUUUAAAAUUAAAUGUUUAGAAUGUGAUGCAGUUGUAAGAAUAACAUUAUAGCUAACAGCCUGCACAGGAUCACAGAGCUGUUAUAGAUGAUGUCAGCUGAAGCGCACAAGUGAACCUAGAAAUUGACUGUUAAGAAAAACAGGUGAGCAACACUUUUAAAAGAGUCAGUCAGAAGAGGUUUUUCCAUGCAUCUCUGGAAAAAGGUAUGGGAAGGGGAGACAAGAACAUGCAGCAAAUGUUUAUUCUUUCAUGGAGCCGGGAUUUCUGAUAAAAACAAAUUGUAACCUUGGGAAGACAGAAAAAAUUACUUUUUUUUUAAGUUUCUUUGUAAUCCUUUCUUGGAAGGAGUAUCAAAACAGAAGGGUGGGCUGGCUCAGUAAGCUUUCCUGAUCCAAUGGGGAAUUUCAGAUAGAGCAUGACAGAAAAUGAAAAUAUGCUGUCGCUUUGAUUUAUAUUUAUGGAAUUAAGCAUAGCAGAGGAUACUUUAGUUUCUUCAGCAAUCUGCUUGAAAGAGUCCCUUGGUAUGGGACCCUAGAGAGAAGAAGAGACCAAGAUCAACACUCAGGAAUCACUUCCUCCAAGCACAUGAGUAGUCCAUCCCAACAAGUAAAAAGUCGAGCAAAAAUGGCAGGAGGCCUGCAUGACUGAGCAAUUUAUUCCUGGCAGAAUUAAAAUGCCAAAAGGUAGAAGUGAGGACAAGUAGCCUGGGAUCAAUAUAGAGUUUGUCUAAGCGUGCGACUUAUGUGGUUAGGAAAGCCAAAGCCUAUCUGGAAUUGAAUUUUUCUAGGAAUGCCAAAGGCAACAGAAAGGCCUUCUGUGAGUACUUGAGUAACUAAAAGGCAAGGAAAACGUGAGGCCACCUCUGAAUGGUGUAGAGAUGUGGUAACACAAGACCUGUAGAAGAAUGGGGUACUGAAUGCCUUCAUCAUUUUAGUCUUUACUAGAAAGACUAGACUUCAGGAAUUCCAGGCUGCAGAUAGCUAGGGAAAGUUCUGGAGCAAGGAAGACCCUUGAUGGAAGGUGAUCAGGCUAGAAAAUACUUAAGCAAACUGCAUGUUUGUGAGUCCAUGGAACCUGGUGGGAUGCACCUACAAGUGCUGAUGGAUUUUGCUAAUCUCAGAGGAAUGGCUGAUAUGCCAGAGACGUGUACUGCCAGCCAGGGGGACCCAGACAGGCUGGAGAGAUGGGCGUGCAGGAACCUCUUGUAGCUCAACAAAGUGUCCUAGAGAGGAAUUACUCUGUGCUGUUCCUUCCAAUACGUAUUGGUUCUCUUUCCAAAAAGGACCUGGGGGUCACAGUGGACACCAAGUUUAAAAGGUGCUAGCUGUGUGUCCUUAGUACAAAAAGGCUAAGAGUGUCCUGGAUUGCAUGGGAGAUGCAUUGCUAGCAGUUCAAGGGAAGGGAUCCCUCCCCUCUCCUCAGCACUAGAAGGACCACACCUGAAGUGCUGUAUCCAUUUCUGGGCUCUCUAGUAUAUGUGGACAUGUCAGGUGCCAGAACGGGCUGCCCAGGGAGGUGGUGGAGUCACUGACCCUGAAGGUGUUCAAGGAAUGUUUGGACAUUGUGCUGAGGGAUAUGGUUUAGUGAGAACUAUUGGUGAUAGGUGGAUGGUUGGACUGGAUGAUCAUGUAGGUCUUUUCCAACCUUGGUGAUUGUGUGGACAAUGAGGGGCUGCUUACAUUGGUGUGGAGCUGGAGCCUGAAGAAAAACUGGAAAGCUAGAGCUUUAAGCCUAGAGAAAAGAGGGUUUGGGGGCAAUCAUGUAUGUAAGUACCUAAAGGGAGGUUGUAAAGAGGAUGGAGUCAAGCUUUUUGGGGGCUGGAGCAGAGCUCACUUCCAACCUCAUUCAAAAGAGCCAGAUCAAUUACUAUGAGAAUAUGAGAAAAAUAUGUUGUUUAGAAUUAUUAUAAUGACUAUGCGAAUAAAGUAAGUUAAUGUGGAGAAAUCUUCUUAGUUGAUUAUUUAAGUUACUGUAACUUUUAACUGGAAUUUUUCCGUUCUUUUUCUUUUUUUCCAUAACUUCUUAUUAAAGUAAUUAAGGCAAUUGAAAUAUUGGGAAAAGCAAGAGCUAAACUAGCAAGCUGGCAGUAGCCUUGGUCUCACUCUUAAUCUCCAUAACAACACUGUGCGAUUGUUGUCUACAUUCCCUAGAAUUAAGAUGUGGCAGCACAUCAACAUCAUCAACAUGUAAUGUAAAGUGGGUUUUUUUGUUUGUUUUUUUUGCACUGUGCUGCAACAUACAGGUUAGCUCACGUGACAGGAGUACUCUGACUGUUGAAGAGCGAAGGGCAGUGGCUUUGGGACGCACGGUGGCAUUUGGGUAACCUUGUCUGGGUGUUUAGUUUCUUCUCUGGUUUCAUUUCUCACAGAUGCUUUAUAUGAUGGAGUUGGCUGGAUUUUUAAGUCUGGUUCAGUUGCAAUGCAAGCUGGUAGAUCUGCCUCUGAGGUUAAAGAUGCUGUACCUGAUGUUUGGUGGCAAGUCCAGGCAAAGCUGGGGAAUUGGGGAAGAGGCAGAAAUUGGCUGUUGACAGCAGAAGUAGGCUCCAGAAAUGUGGCUGCACUGGAGGUCCUUUGACUGAAAACCUUGUGGUGUGCUUGGAGCUGGGUACAGAGCUGCCUAUAGGCCUGCUUUGGGCAGGUUGUGUUUCUUCAUAGGGAUUAGAAAUGGUUGAGAACACUGAAGAGCAUUUAUAGCAGUGGGAAGAUUUGCUGAUCUGUGGGAAGAAUGUGUCAGAGGAGAAGUUAUUUCAGCAGAGUGGGCAGACAUGGACCUAAGAGUUUGCUGGGGACUCUGGCUAUGCUGUAAAAAUGUCAUAGUCUUGAGAAUGUGAACUACAGAAAUGAAAGAGAAGCUGCAUCACAGGAGAAAGUCUGGAAAAUCAUUUUAGCUAUCUUUGGGACGUCCCAUUCAUGUGGCAGUGCACUUCAGUGAUCUGCUAAAGCCGAGUUAGAAGACAGAAUCAAGGAGUGGGAGACGGGGAGCUUUGCUCCAGGUAUGUCUUUGGAAACGAACACAGUCUUUGCCCACAUACAUUACUUCAGGGUUAUUUUGGCUUUUAAGAUAAAUAGUUUCUUUCACUCUGUGAAGAAAUACAAGUUCAUUCAGGAUAAUUUCAUUUUAUUAAGAUCAGAAAUCUCAUGUCUCUCCAAGACAGCCUUUUACAUACACACAGCAGUUAGGGAAACAAAGGCUGUUGUCUCGUUCUAUACUGUUGGGAUUAUCAUUGCCAAAAACGUUGAUUAAAAUAAAAACUUUAUCAAGGAAUCAUACAAAAUAGGUAUCUACAUAGGGUUUCUUUAAAAUUUGUUUGCUUUCUUUUAAAGUCAAGUAACCUAUAAAUAAGAGGUAUAUGUGCAUCCAUCAGAGUGGAGUGGUCUCUGAAAUACUCAAGUAUUAAAGAAUAUUUGGAAGAAAGACAGAAAAGUCCCAUUUGCCAUGUUUGUGAAUUUAGAAUGAAUUUAUGGCAGAAAAAAAUGAACUUCAUGACAGCUCUUGCUUGUUAACAUUUCUGCUUCCUGUUUCCCCAGUACAAGAAUGUAGGUGGUAGCAGUGCAAGGUAAGCACAAUCUCAGAACAGUGAACUGGAGACUUUCAUGCCUUGAGCAUCCUUAGGACAGAUGACAAUUUCAUUCUGAGGCAGCUUUGUUACUGGUGGGGCACAAGAAGCAGGCUGCCAAACAGACCUCCAGAUGCCAGAGAAAUUGUUUGUCGCAGGAGACUUAAGUAGUGAGGUGGAAUAAUGCUGUCUUUAUUCCAACUUGUUUACCCAUACUAAGAUCAGGGAGAGAGAUAAUGUAUACUACUGAUCACUCUAUGAAAAUAUAUGAGAAGUACACAAGGAGAUUACAUAAAGAGACUAAAACAAUACGUUAACAUUUUUGUUGACUCAGAAAAGUUUUCAAUAAGUUCAAGGAGUGGUUCUUAAAUUCAUGACAAACGGGUAUGUUACAGAAUGGACAAAUCAGCUCUCUGUGUAUAUAUAAUCUCCUAUUUCAAGUCUAUUGUAUAAUUUCCACAAACCAUUUUUUUUAGUGUUAAAAAUAUGCCGAUAAGGGAUUGAUUAGAAUGAUUGUUGUCCCGUGUAAUUUUGAUUUUUGGCUUCGUACCCACAAUAAGCUUGAAACAAAAAUUUCUUGCAGUAUCAGCUCCACCGUGUAUUGGAUAUUUCAGGGUUGGUGACAGAUACUAGGAAGUAAAAAACAACACUGGUAUGGUUGGUUGGUUCAUUGGUGAAUCACUUUGGUUUGCUAUUGCUGAAUUCUUUAUGAUGGUUGGAUUCACACUGUUUUAAUUUGAGAAAGUUGCCCAUGGAUGCAUUAUUAUGAAGUUACUUGGGUACUUUUGAAAGGACAGUUCUUCUUUAUUUCUUAAAAGGCUUCUCAAAAUAGCUUAACUCAAGCCGGAUAGAUACCAAGUUCUUAAGAAGAAUGUCUGGUGUUUUUUUUGUUUGUUUAAUUUUGCUUCCCAAUCAGAACAAAGUCCCUUUGAAACCGAUCAAAAAAACACUCUUUAGGAAAAUCUGAAGAACAAUAUUAGAGUAUAUAUUUGCUAACAACUUCCUCAUUGAGCCAGUUGCACAGAAGAAAGCAGGAAAUCUAAAGGAACAGCUUCUGUGAAGGACAGAGCUGGUUUGGGAAGGUCUGUUCCAGCUGCUGAAAGAUAUAAAAAUUGAAAGUUUU